CGACUUUUGCUAUCCAAGCAAGGUGGGGAAGUCAUCCGCUUUCCAUUCUCCACUUCCUGUGCUAAGAGUGACUCUUUUUCUACACUUUGCGCGCGCCCUCGUGAGGCCCCAGUUUUUCUCACAUUCGCAAGUGCCGGAAUUAUUGUGCUCAAUUGUGCGCUUUACGGACAGGCGGCGAUUCCGCCGCAGGAGGAGCAGAAGGGCCCCCGGAUUUGGGGUGGAGAUUUUCACGGCGUGCGCGCACGGGUGGUAAAAUGGGGCGUCGAACAAGUGGAGCACCCUAAAUUGUUGCACUCACUUGUCCGCCACUUUUCCGUCCUCGGAACGCCCAUCAAGUCUCAGGUGGCGAGCGCGCCCCGCUGACGAAGAACCCCACCGGAAAGUGCCCAAGCGCUUGAACAUGUGAACCACUCGAGAUUCUGCUGAGGGAAAAGCGGGAGAAGUGCCACAUAAAUCAGUCAUAAGAGACACACACAUAGAGAGAUAGAAAAGUGAGUGGGUGGAGAGUAUGUGCGGGGGAUUCUGGACACUGGAGCACCAGAGGCUGAGUGGGAAUUGUCACGUCAGCUGAACGACGCACAGAAGCAUUUACACAAUGCGAGAGCACCUGUGGCUCCUCGUGGUCGCGGCUCUGCACUUGGCCUCGGCUCAGCGACCGCUCAGUAACUCCUCGUCGGCAUCCUUCGCCUCGGGUGUAGCCCUGGGGCCCCAGAGUCGCGUGCCCACAACCAACAUGCCUCACCAGGCCGUGGACCCGUUCGCCGCUGGCGGCUACAUGAUGAACUCCUACUAUCCUGGCUACACGGGCCGCAGUCGCAACAAGGACAAGUUCAAUGAGUUGCGCAACUUGUCGCUGAUGAACAAUAUGAGGGCCGUUGAGCCCGGAGUCGCCCGGGAGGCGCAGCCGGCGGGCAUCAGCUCGCUGUAUAACAUUGACCGCCAGCGGGACGGUCCUGUUUACGCCGGCAUAAGCAAUAAGGACCCAGUGCAGACACUGAAGGCGAGAUUCAAGGAGAGCUCGCGGGCUCAGCAGGAAGUCAGCGAGAUCGAUGAUGUGCUGGGCGUGAAGUGCAGCUUCGAGACGGAGUGUGCCUGGACGUGGAACGAGACCAUCGUGGAUGGCUUCCAGGUGGUCACAGGAGCCAAUCUCACCGACUCCAAUCGCACCGGGAUCAUGCCAGGUCCACCUGCGGAUGCCCUCAAUGACGCCAGUGGCCACUUUCUGCACCUUCGACUCACUCCUGAGACGGGUCAGAGGACGCUCAGGUCGCCCGUGUUCAGCACAACGCGCGAGAAUUGCUUCCUGGAGAUGUUCAUCCACCAGAGCUCGAUGACACUGAGCAGCAUCCGCAUCGUGAUCGAGCCCGUGGGCACGCAAGAGUCCUCUUGGGUUAUUUCCGAGAUUGCCGGCAAUGACCAGCGGCGCUGGGAGCUGAACCGCUUCCGCAUCGACCGCGUGAGCAAGGAUUUCCACAUCGUGUUCGAGGUGGUGCCCAACGGCCUAGGCGGCCGCGCCCGCGGCCACGUAUCCAUAGAUAAUCUGCGAAUGGUGAAUUGCUUCGCGGAAAAUCUGAAUGGCGGCAAUUGCAGCCUGAAUCAAGUGAAGUGCAACAGCAACAAAGUGUCUGUGUGCAUCGACUUCCAGCGCAUCUGUGACAUCUCGGCCGAGUGUGAUGACAGCGAGGAUGAGAAUCUAAACUGCGACAAAAUCCCCUUUGGCGGGCGCUGUGACUUUGAGAGUGGCUGGUGUGGUUGGCAGAACUCUGGCAAGGCCAUCCUGGUGUGGAGCCACCACACGGGCCCCACGCCCACCGACAAGACGGGCCCCGACUCGGACCACACGCACAUGCACAUGAACGUCACGGGUCACUACAUGUACGUGAACAUGAAUCAGCACGUGAAUGACGGCGAGAAGAAGAAGCUCGUGGGAUUCGCCAGCAACGCCGUGAUGAACAGCGUCGUGUUCAAUCCGCCGCCGUCCGUGCACACGAACGCCAGCUCGCCGUACAGGAACACGUGCAUGAUUCGCUUCUAUGUCCAUCAGUACGCGCUGAAUCCGGGCAGCAUCAAUCUCUCAGUGGUGGAGAUCAAGGACAAGGAGAACGUGACCACGACGCUGUGGUGGAGCUCGAAGAAUCAGGGUCCGCGCUGGGUGCGCGUGGAGGCAACCAUGCCCAAUAUCACCACGAAGUACUACUUGCAGUUCGAGGCACGCAUGGGCAUGCGAAUCUUCUCGGACGUGGCCAUCGACGACUUCAGCCUCAGUCCAGAGUGCUUCGGGCUGAACAUUCCGCUGGACCACCUGCACGGCUACAACUACUGGGAUCCCAGAGUGGGUCUGCCCAAGCAGCCACACCCGGACUUCGCGGACAGGUCGGCGCUGGAGCUGGGCACUUGUGGUGCCAAGGGCAUCCUGGGCCCCAGCGCUGCCGACUGCCUCAUGUCCUACAACACCACGGACGCCCUGGCGAGCGUGCGCGUGAUUGAGUCCUCGCCGCACAAGGGCGUGCAGAUCUGGCGCGUGCCCAGCGAGGGCUACUACACGAUCGUGGCCAAGGGCGCCGGCGGGGGUCUGGGAUCGGGUGGUGUGGGCUCGUCCAGGGGCGCCAUGGCGGUGACGGUGAUAGAGCUGCACAAGGACGAGGAGAUCUUCAUCCUGGUGGGCCAGAGUGGCGAGCACGCGUGCAUCAAGUCCAUGGGGUACCGCGAUGAGAGCUGCGAGCCCAUCUCGGACUCCAGAGACGACGACAGGUACACGUCGAAGACGCACAAGGUCAAGAAUACCGUCAUCGACGACGGCGCGGGCGGCGGCGGUGGAGGCACCUACGUCUUCCUGUUGAACGCUGCCGCGGCCGCUGUUCCUCUGGUCGUGGCCGGCGGCGGGGGUGGUCUGGGCAUCGGCAGAUAUCUGGACGAUGAUCUGCAGCACGGGAAGAACAUUGACUUCGAGCGAGCCGAGGUGUCAGGCCAGAUUCAUGGCGAUGUGCACAAGGCGGCUGGUCCGGGUGGCGGAUGGCGUGCGAAGGAUGACUCGGCGCUCGAUUCCCGCUUUGGCGCCUCAUUGCUUGAGGGCGGUCGAGGGGGGCUGCCCUGCUAUCCCACGCGAGGCCUUCACGGCCAGGGUGGCUUCGGAGGUGGUGGCGGAGGCUGUGCGACAGGUGGCGGAGGUGGAGGAUUCUCCGGUGGCGAUAUCCUAAGCGACUCCACAAAUGGUCAGGGCGGGACGAGCUUCAUUGGGAUGAGCAGGAGUGUUAAUGACCUGUCCCAGGUUUAUGUGGGCGCCAAUAGCGGUCCCGGCGCCGUUGUCAUCAUUCCCGCCAUUCAGGGCUGCGGCUGCGACUAUCGCUGCGUGGCCCUGGACGAAUUCCGCUCCCUGGUGGCCUGCAUCUGUCCGGAAGGAUGGCGACUGCGGCGGGACAAUCUCACCACGUGUGAAUUGAUCAGUCCACGAGAGAUUCCUCUGCAGUAUCUGAUUAUCUUCUUCAUUGUGGUAUCUGUCCUCCUCCUGGCCGCGCUCACAGGUCUUAUCUUUAUGCUCUACAAUCGCUAUCAGCGGAAGAAGCAGGCAACUCUGCGCCACAAGAUGCUCCUGGAGCAGGAUUUGCAGCUGAGUCGUCUCCGUAACACGGCCGAUGACUCAGCCCUAACAAAUUUCAAUCCCAAUUACGGAUGCGAUGGCAUUCUGAAUGGGAAUAUCGAUGUGAAGACUCUUCCGCAGGUCGCCCGGGAGAGUCUACGGCUGAUGAAAGCCCUGGGCCAGGGCGCCUUCGGGGAAGUCUACCAGGGCUUCUACAAGCAUCGCGAUGGAGACGCCGUUGAGAUGCCGGUGGCAGUGAAGACACUGCCGGAAAUGUCCACUGGCCAGGCCGAGGCGGACUUCCUCAUGGAGGCUGCCAUCAUGGCGAAGUUCAACCACCCCAACAUUGUCCACCUGAUUGGGGUGUGCUUCGACAGGCAUCCCCGCUUUAUUGUCCUGGAGUUGCUGGCCGGCGGGGAUUUGAAGAAUUUCCUGCGAGAGGGUAGAAAUAAACCCGAGCGUCCGUCUCCUCUGACCAUGAAAGAUCUGGUCUUUUGCGCACUGGAUGUGGCCAAGGGAUGUCGCUACAUGGAGAGCAAGCGCUUCAUCCACAGAGACAUUGCGGCCAGGAAUUGCUUGCUGAGCAGCAAAGGGCCGGGAAGAGUGGUGAAGAUAGCGGAUUUCGGAAUGGCCAGGGAUAUUUAUAGGUCUGACUACUACAGGAAGGGUGGGAAGGCAAUGCUGCCCAUCAAAUGGAUGCCACCCGAAGCCUUCCUGGACGGCAUCUUCACCUCCAAGACGGAUGUGUGGUCCUUUGGCGUGCUCCUCUGGGAAGUGUUCAGCCUGGGCCUGAUGCCAUACACGGGACUGCCCAACAGAGAUGUGAUGCAACUGGUGACCGGAGGCGGAAGGCUUGACGCCCCUCCGGGGUGCCCUGUGCCCAUUUACCGCAUCAUGGCGGACUGCUGGAGUCCGUCACCUGAGGAGAGGCCCUCCUUCUCGAAUCUCCUGGAGAGAUUGACCACCUGCACGCAGGAUCCCGAUGUGAUGAAUGCUCCUCUGCCCAGCUUCUUCAGGCCACCGUCUUCAGAGCGUGACCAGACGAUAAUGCGGCCGCCCAAUGAUGAUUUCUGCAUACAAAUGCCCUCCUCGUCCGACUACCUGAUCCCACUGCCGGGACCACGGGGAGCGGCCGAGAGGCUCUUGUCUGAGGCCACGGGGGUGACUCUGUCAGAGACUCCAGCCACCUACACUUCUCCCUGUACUACUUCUCCGGCUGUUCCUCGGAUUCCGCCCGCUGAUGGCUGCUGGGAGACGUCCUUCUCGUCUGCCCCGCCGCCGGUCGAGUGCACCGUGACGCCGCCAGAAGUCCCGCCGCCAGCUGGACCUCCAGUGGACAAACUGAUCAGUUUGGACACUCCACAGCAGACGCCCACAACCACGUGCCCGCCAAUGAGCUUCGGGCCGCCGCUGGCACACCCCAUCAGCACGGACGGCGUCACGAAGCCUUCGGACAUCAUCCCGCCGCCCAUCACUCUGGAUCCCGCCACGCUGGCCAUUCAGGGCACGUCCUAUGCCAACGUGCGGGUGGCUGACGGCGCCGCGGGUGCCGCAACGGCGCCGGCGACCAAGGAAAAGGGCGCCCCGUUCACAAUUCAGGGCUUCAGCGAGCGCUACAAGGAGAAUCACUCCGAGAUCAGCUGCUAAAAAGUGUGUACAUAAAGGAUUGCGUGAGAGAUUGGUGUGUGACGGGAAGUGUUUCAUUUUCAUCGAGGAAACCCCCAAGUAUUGGCAAAACGGGUUUAAGAAUAAGUCUUGAUAAAAAUCUGUUGUGUCUGUUAUCAGUAUAAAAAAAUCUAUCUAUUAUUCGUAUCAGAAGAGCGUCAGGGAGGCGGGAAAAUGGUGUGUGAAAAGUGGCCAAAAAGGUAAUUAUGUGGAAAUUGAUAUAAAUCAUAAUUAAUUGAAGUAUUUCGUAACGAAAAACCUAUGUAAAGUAUAAGAUUUGAUAGUGAAACAGUUACAAAGUAAAAAAAAACAACCACUCACACACACAUUGAAAAAAACGCUCACCUGAGAUUUAGAGCAAGAAAAACAUGUGCUCGAAACUAAAACUGAAAAUCUUAAAUUUCUUUACCCGAAACUCACUAUUUCAAUCAAAUGAAAAAAAGAAGAAGAAAAAAACAUGCAAUGAGAAAAAAAGACAGAAUUUUUAGUACAUCAUUUGCAAUAAAUUUUAUGAGAAAAUGAUUGUCUCAUUUUGGCAACGAAAUUACUAGGCAAAAAGAAAACAUGUAGGAUUGAUAGGGAGAUUUGAGUCCAUAAUAUAUUUUUGAUGAACAAAGAUGGAGAAAGGGUAGAAAAGUAUAUAUUUUAGCGAAUUAAUGAUUAGUUGCUCAAUUUUUGAGAAAAAAGCAUCGUUAUGUUGUUCACACGAAAAAAUUAGCGAUGAUUAGCGCACGUUUUAAUUUGUAGGUAAAAUAUAACAAAGAUAUUGUAGUGAGAAAUUGACGAAAAUAAGACUGUUGUAUUGUGUUGUGGCUUUUCUUCACAUGCUCUCUCUCUCUCUCUCUCUCUCUUUUUCUCUCUAAUCAACUUCUAUUUUAAGAGUUUUCACUUCCGUAGGCAAUUUCUUAUAGAAGAAUCGCUUUAUAGAAUCCAUCCAGGCAUUUAAGUUGAUUUCCCCUCAAAUGCAAUGAAGAAAUGGAUUAAAAGACAGUCACAGAGACGCAAAUUCACAGUGAAACAGAAGCUCACAGUUGUUUGUAUUAGGAUAUAAUUGACGAAAGACAGAAAGGAUAUUUGAAUACUCAUUAGCGAAUGAUUAAAAGUACUAAUAAUAGAAUUUGUAUGACACAUACAUUGCAAAUAGUGGUGAAGAAAAUGAAUCUAAUUGUCACGAGUGAAAAUCUAUUUAAAAAAAAACCUACAAAAAUAAUCUCUGUAAUUGUUUUGUUGUGAGAUAAAAACAU